CCGCGAGACUUGUCGGCCAUCUUGGACUACUGCAGCGUGAAAGUUUUGUAUACCACUUGGAAAUCUUGUACAAUCGUAUAUAUUUAUUUAUCAUCGAGGCUCAAGCAGUGACGUUUAAAAAGUCAAGAUGUCGAUGGGGUCUCUCGCCUUCGAUGAAUUCGGAAGACCGUUUCUGAUUUUGAAAGAUCAGGACAAGAAAUCACGGCUUCAUGGCAUCGAAGCUCACAAGUCUCACAUCAUGGCAGCCAAGACAGUGGCCAGCACACUGCGGACCUCCCUGGGACCCAAGGGGCUGGACAAGAUGAUGGUCAGUUCAGAUGGUGAAGUGACCAUCUCUAAUGAUGGGGCAACCAUCCUCAGCAUGAUGGAUGUUGACCACCAGAUCGCCAAACUGAUGGUGCAGCUGUCCAAGUCCCAGGAUGAUGAGAUAGGAGACGGCACCACGGGGGUUGUGGUGAUGGCAGGUGCCCUUCUAGAGCAGGCGGAGCAGCUGUUAGACCGCGGAAUCCAUCCAAUCAGAAUAGCUGACGGCUACGAGAUGGCUGCCCAGGUCGCCAUUGGUCACUUGGAUAAAAUUUGUGAUCAGUUUCCACUGGACCAAUCUCAUAGGGAGAGGCUGAUAGAGACAGCUAUGACUACACUAGGGUCCAAGAUAGUGAACCGCUGUCACAGACAGUUUGCUGAGAUUGCUGUGGACGCGGUGCUCUCGGUGGCUGACCUGGAGAGGAAGGACGUGGACUUUGAGCUGAUCAAGAUGGAGGGUAAAGUUGGCGGCAAACUGGAGGACACUAUGCUGGUCAAGGGGGUGGUCAUUGACAAGGACAUGAGUCACCCACAGAUGCCCAAGAGAAUCAAAGACGCCAAGAUAGCCAUUUUGACCUGUCCAUUUGAGCCUCCAAAGCCAAAGACCAAACACAAGUUGGAUGUGACGUCAGUUGAUGAUUAUAAAAAACUGCGAGUGUAUGAGACAGAGAAGUUUGAUGAAAUGGUCAAACAGGUUAAAGACACUGGGGCCAAUCUUGUCAUCUGUCAGUGGGGAUUUGAUGACGAGGCCAAUCAUUUAUUACUCCAGAGACAACUACCUGCUGUACGAUGGGUAGGAGGACCUGAGAUAGAGCUUAUUGCUAUAGCAACAGGCGGUAGAAUAGUGCCUCGUUUCCAAGAGCUGACGGCAGACAAGCUGGGCAAGGCUGGCAUAGUACGGGAACUCACCUUUGGCACAACCAAAGACAGAAUGUUAGUUAUAGAAGAAUGUCACAACUCUAGAGCUGUUACCAUAUUUAUUAGAGCAGGAAAUAGAAUGAUAAUAGAAGAAGCCAAGCGUAGUCUGCACGAUGCAUUGUGUGUAGUCAGGAACCUAGUCAAAGACCACAGGAUAGUAUAUGGGGGCGGGGCCGCUGAGAUUGCUAUGUCCCUAGCUGUCAGUCAAGAGGCAGAAAAGAUCUCCACUCUAGAACAGUAUGCUAUGAGAGCGUUUGCAGAUGCUCUAGACUCUGUUCCCCUAGCCCUGGCAGAGAACAGCGGCCAGGCCCCCAUACAGACUGUAGCUGAGAUCAAAUCGAGGCAGGUGACGGAGAAGAACCCCAGGUUGGGUAUUGACUGUAUGAAUAAAGGAUCUAAUGACAUGCGAGAGCAACACGUCAUUGAGACCCUGAGCUCCAAGCGUGCACAGAUCAUGUUGGCAGUCCAGCUUACCAAGAUGAUACUCAAGAUAGACGAUAUUAGAUCCAGUUCUGAAAAUAUGUUCUAGUUCAGUAAUCCCAGGAAUACUCUGAAGUUGUUGGACCUUGGUCACGUGUACUAGUGAGAGCACCGGUAGCAGAAACUACAGUACAAACUAUCAAGAUUGCUAUCUCAUGAACAAGGUUCUGUAU